AUGAGUCCUGAAAAAAGUGUUCAAUCCAUUGAUAAUAACUCCUCAAAAACUUUACCUCCUGAAAUAGAAGCUUUACGUUUAGCUGCUUUAUCUACAAGAAAAACUUCUAAAGAAAAACAAAAAUCGGAAAAUUCAAAUUUACCUGUUCCUUCUUCACCUCCACCUAAAUCCUUUUACACAGAAGACGAUUCUUCAGAACGUGAAGAAGGUGAAUUAAGUGAUACUGAUUCGAUCGACGAUAACAAAAAACUACAAUUACCACAACCAACACUUCAAAAUCCAGUUCAAAAUGUCAUGGAAGACAUAACAUACAAUACUAAUAAUAAUCAACAGAUUACUAUCAAAAUGUCAAAAGCUGAAAUGGAAGAAACCACUAGACAAUCAAUUUCUAAAUUAUAUAACUAUGGUGCUACACCCGAUGACUUAAUUCAAGAAGGAAUUCCUUUAGAUGUAGUUGUUAGGUUCUCAAGAGAGUUAAAUUAUCCACUUCCUCCUCAUUUAUUCAAUAUUAAAAUUCCCGGGUAUCCUUUAUCGAUGCCUAGACAAAUGGAAAUUGAUCAACCUAUGACAAUUUCGAACAUCACCGCUGCUGCUGCUGUUAUACAAGAAGCUGCAUCAAACAAUUCAAAUCUAAAAGGUUCUUCUUCAAUACUUCCAUCAAAAACCUAA